AAGGAGCGGGUAUUAACACGCAGCCCUGCGCUGCCACUGACAGACAGACAGACAGACAGACAGACACGGUGCAAGAGGCGUGGUGAGAGAACAGAGCAGAUGUUUGUGGUCUGCAUCACCGCCUGUCUGUCUGUGAGCGCUGCCGGAGCCGCUGCAUGAACCUGUACCGGAGCUUUGGGAACCUUUUGGAGCUGUGGGUGGCUGAGGCUGAGGAGCGCUCCGACUCAGACCCCGCCGGGGACAAUGAGGACUCCCCGGCACCUUCCAGCGACGCCGGCGCCCACUGGUGCGGGUCGCUGGACUCCGGCGUGGAGGCCGGGACGUCCUGCUCCACGGACGCCGCGGAGCGGGACAGCGACGAGCUCAGCCCGGCCUCGGCCUCGCAGUCCCCCUUCCUGUCCUCGUCCCCGCGCCUCCGGCCCGGUGCGGCCCCGCAGGGUCCGAACCACCGAGUGGAGCAGGCGCUGGAGAGGAUUAAGUCCAAAAGUCUGAGGGGCAAACCAGAGGCGGACGAGGCGCCGAGGCGACGGCCUUCCUCAUCUUCGCCGCCCAAACGGCACUCGUCUGAGCUAGUGAGAGGUCAGAGGUCACAGAACCUCCAUCCACGGUGGACAGUGGACCCGUCGGUGUCAGAGAGGUGGAGAGGGAAGCCGGGCUCAGAGGUUCAGGUUUUCACCGCUCGAUCUGUGCAGGACGUGUGUGGGGAGCGACGGCAGCAGCUGAGUCCUGGGCUCCUUUACCUGGAGCAGCUUUGCCAGCGGUUGGAGGAACUCGCCAGGCAACACAUGCAGAACCGAGCUUCACAGACGGAGACGGCGGCUCUGCAGGAGCGCCUCGGGCCGCAGGACCUCCAGACAUGGAGCGACUCUGAAGACGCGGAGGAGAAACCGUCUUCCUGUCCAAGGCUGGAAAACACACCUCACGCAGAGAACAGUUCUGUAAGGAACCCAUACACACACUUUCGGGCCAGAUCGGCUUCAGACUCAACUAUUGCAACUCUCCAUAAAAGAAAGCUGAGCGCUGACUGCAGAGGGCAGCAUCUGAGCACGUACGACCUGAGCCUGGAGGCCGAGCGAGAGCAGAACAAGCUGGAAUCUAUAGUGGAGGAGACGGACAAACCGAAGAAGAGCUGGAAGUUCAGGAUCGGGUCUUUGCGAGGAGACGCUUCCUCAAAGAGCCAACACACGCAGCCGCCUGAGAGGAACUCGACCCGGCGGCGGCUGAGCCAGCUGUUCAGGAGGAGACGGACGAUCCUGCCCCAGUGAAUGGACCGCGCUGUUCCUCGUCUUUGGACUCCUCGCCUUCACUCGUGAAGAACAAGUUGCUCUGCAUGAACCUGAGCUCUGUCACUGCAGCCUUCAUUAUGGAGCAGCUGUGUUUAUUUAUUGUCCAUCAAUGGACUGCCUGUAUUAUUUUUACUAAUAAAUAGUAUAAUUUUCUAUAAAAACCUAAAAA